AAUUUAGGGGAUUCCUACUUUUAGAGAACUCCUAGUUUGUUUUGAAAGAAAAAUUAUUGAGUAGUGACUAGUGAGUACUGAAGUGAAAUGGGCUAAAAAAGGAGCGGAUGGAUAUAGAGGAUUCUUAUAGCCAACCGCAACCAGUUUGGUAUUAAGGCGUUGAUGUUUCUAUUUUGUGUUCAGAGAAGUCAAGAACAAGAAUUAGUCUUUUCAUCAAAUUCAGAACCCAACUGCAAUAAUGAUUGCUAGGACUGCUGUAGCUCAAGAUGAUACUAGUGGGGAUGGUACUACAUCUACUGUGCUUUUCAUUGGGGAGCUCAUGAAACAAUCUGAACGAUGCAUAGAUGAAGGGAUGCAUCCUCGUGUGCUAGUUGAUGGUUUUGAAAUUGCAAAAAGAGCAACUCUACAAUUUCUUGAAAAAUUUAAGACUCCUGUAGUGAUGGGUAAUGAGCCAGAUAAAGAGAUAUUGAAGAUGGUUGCAAGAACGACAUUGAGAACAAAGUUGUAUGAAUCACUGGCUGAUCAGCUGACUGACAUUGUUGCGAAUGCUGUGCUCUGCAUUCGCAAGCCUGAAGAACCGAUUGAUCUUUUUAUGGUUGAGAUAAUGCACAUGCGUCACAAGUUUGAUGUAGACACUCGUUUGGUUGAGGGUCUUGUACUUGAUCAUGGUUCAAGACAUCCAGACAUGAAAAGGCGAGCAGAGAACUGCUACAUUUUGACUUGUAAUGUCUCUCUUGAAUAUGAGAAGAGUGAAGUAAAUGCAGGCUUCUUCUACUCAAAUGCAGAGCAGAGAGAGGCUAUGGUUACCGCAGAAAGGCGUUCUGUUGAUGAGAGGGUGCAAAAGAUAAUUGACCUGAAGAACAAGGUUUGCGCUGGAAGUGACAAGAAUUUUGUUGUUAUUAAUCAGAAGGGGAUUGAUCCUCCAUCUCUUGACCAACUUGCUCGGGAAGGAAUAAUCGCGCUUCGAAGGGCAAAGAGGAGAAAUAUGGAACGUUUGGUUUUGGCUACUGGCGGGGAGGCAGUUAACUCUGUUGAUGACCUAACUCCUGAGUGCCUUGGCUGGGCUGGGCUGGUCUACGAGCAUGUUCUUGGUGAAGAGAAGUAUACCUUUGUAGAAAAUGUCAAAAAUCCUCAUUCCUGUACUAUUCUUAUCAAAGGGCCUAAUGACCACACAAUAGCUCAAAUCAAGGAUGCAGUUCGUGAUGGACUAAGGGCAGUAAAAAAUACCAUUGAAGAUGAAGCAGUUGUACUCGGCGCCGGCGCCUUCGAAGUUGCGGCUCGACAACACCUGAUUAACGAAGUGAAAAAGACUGUUAAGGGGCGUGCCCAACUUGGAGUGGAAGCUUUUGCUAAUGCCCUCCUUGUUAUACCAAAGACACUUGCUGAGAACUCUGGCCUUGAUACUCAAGAUGUGAUCAUUUCUCUGACGGGAGAGCAUGACAACGGAAAUGUUGUCGGACUAAAUCAGCACAGUGGAGAACCUGUAGAUCCACAAAUGGAGGGGAUAUUUGAUAAUUAUUCCGUGAAGCGUCAGAUUAUUAAUUCCGGGCCUGUUAUAGCAUCUCAGCUGUUACUUGUCGAUGAAGUAAUUCGUGCUGGACGAAACAUGAGGAAACCAACUUAGCUUUGUCUGUCUGAAGAUACUUCUUAACAGAUUUUCCUAUAGUUCACAUCUUGCAAUUAUUUUGGAGUUAUCUGGGGGUAAAAUUGAAGCAAGCAGAGAUGAAAUAGGUGUGGGGAGUAGGGUGUUCAUUUGUUGGUUUGUAUUGAAAAUUUUGGUCCGCUAUUUUUGAUGUUUGAUUUUUCAAAUGUUAUACUCCUAUCAAAUACCAUGCCUUCUGAGGUGGUUUGCUUUUUCA